UAUAACUUUUAUAAUCUUAUAUGCCUCCAAAAGAUCUAUGUGCCUUUAACAUCAUAGGAACUUAGAAAAAAAAGAGAGGCAGACGAUGAUGGACGAAGAACAAGACAGGAUCAGCAACUUAUCGGACGAUGUUUUGGCUCACAUUCUGUCGUUUUUGGAACUAAGGGAUGCUUUCAAAACCAUGAUUUUAUCAAAAAGAUGGGAAAAGGUUUGGACUUUGACUCAUAGCAUCAACUUGAAUAAUAAAUCAUGUGUGAGGCGCUUCGAUCAACGCUUGUCUCUUGACAAAGAGAUUAGACGAAGAACUACUUUCAUUAACUUCAUCAAUGGGGUUUUAUUUGGCGAUAACAUGAUAUUUCCGGUAAAAGCCUUCACCCUUUCAUAUUAUUUUGGUUAUGCAGAUUUCAUUAGGCAUAGACACAGCCCAUAUCUCAUCAAAUGGGUUGAUGCGGUAAGUACAAAUGAUCUUGAAAAGUUUGAUUUUUCUAUUUCGAUUGAUUGUACAUUUCCGGUUCUCAAUAUGCCUCCUACAUUGUUUCAAUGCCAAAACCUGGUAACACUAAGUUUAGAGUCCAUUAAUAGAGUUCUUAUCUGUUUCGAUGUCCUUGAAACUGCCUGUUUAUUGAGUCUUAAGUAUCUCCGUCUUGUUAAAGUCCGAUUCGAGGAAGAAAACACGUUGAAGAAUCUUUUAUCAGGCUGUCCUGUUCUUGAAGAACUAUACAUGGAACCCGGGGAUACUGGUUUUAAAUCAAUCCCGCAUUUUUACUUUAUUUCACCUUCAUUGAAGAUACUAAGAUGGAAACGUGAAGAAGGGUUUCAUGGUUAUUUUGUUGUUAAAGCACCAAAACUUGAACAUCUUCAUUUUGUGGAACAUUCUAUGUUGGGUUUUAGCAUGAGUGUUUCACCCUCUUUAGUUUCUGUUGUUAUGGAUAUUGGUUCAUCUUUCGGUCAUCAUGGCCAUAUAUCAGUCAAGAAGCUUUUCCAAGGCAUCUCCAAUGCUCAAAAACUUGAAUGGUCCACGCACCGUACAUUUAUGGCUAAUAAGGUAGAGCUUGAUAAUUUACCUGAGUUCUGCAAUUUGACCCAUUUGAAAAUAGGAAGUUGCCAAGACUUGUAUUUUGUUUCUUCCAUUAUUCAACAUUCACCUCAUUUGAAGCACUUGAUCUUUGAUAAGGAUCACUUCAUCUCCGGACCAAUGACAUGGAGUCCUCCGGUGCCAGUCCCACCGUGUUUGGUAUCACACCUCGAAACGGUAGAAAUCAUUGCACCUGAAGGCCAAACAAGCUACGAAAUUGAAUUGAUUUUAUAUCUUCUGCAUGAGGGAAAGGUAUUGAAAAAGAUGAUUGUCACUCCAUUUUCAUGUAUGGACUUGAGGAGGAAACUGUGGGAAUCUCCAAAGACGGGCGGAUGCAAGAUUGUGUUUUCCGAUUUUCCGGCCGGUGGUACAUCAAGAUAACAAGAAUUGGUUUGUUAAUGGAGUGUACAGCAAGUGCUUAUUGCUGAUGGAAAAAUGGAUAGGAAAAAAGUAAUAUGUUUUAGUUUGCUUGAGAGUGAAGUGCAAGUCUUUUGGUGAUACAUUGAUGGGAAAUAGUGUUUAAUUUGAUUAAAAAAUUUGUGAACUGUCCAUGAAACAUUAUUAUGAUGCACUUGAUUUGAAGCAUAUUAUGAAUCCUCUUUGGAUUAUACAUUGCACUCAAUUUAAUUAAUGAGACAUUGAGGGAUUACUG